AUGGGAAGUGUACCGAAGAAAGGAGCUGCCUUUGCUCUGGCGGUGGCCAUUGCGACCAUCGUGGUGGCGACCACCACGACGAUGGCCGCCGACACUACACCAGAUCCUCACAUUUUUUACGGCAUAUCUGUGAUGGGCUUUAGCAUUGAAACAAGAGGGGAGGCUCUUGCGGCGGCGGCGGAGGACCCGACGGCCCCCGGGAGAGGCAGCGGCGUGGCGACGACGGCGGCGCGCGGCGGUGGUUCGGCGGCGUUGGGCGACGGCUCAGCGGCGCGUGGCAGCGGCGGUGGUGCGGAGGCGCAGCGUCGAGGUGGUGCGGCGGCGGCGCUGGGCGGCAGCGGUGGUGCGGAGUGCGACCUGUCGGACGCCGAGAAGGCACAGUUCGUCAAGCUCCACAACGACGCCCGGGCCGCGGUCGGCGUCAAGGCGCAGGUGUCGUGGAGCGAGGCGGUGGCGGCGAAGGCCCGGGAGCACGCCAGCACAUGCCGCACGGACCACAUACAGGGGCCAUACGGUGAGAACCUGUGGUGGGGGUGGAGCAGCGCCGCCGGCUGGGUCGGGAAGCCAGCGGACGCGAUGGGGAGCUGGGUGGGCGAGAAGCCGUACUACGAUCGCAGCAGCAACAGCUGCGUCGGCGGGAAGGUGUGCGGCCACUACACGCAGGUGGUGUGGAGCCGCACCACCCAGAUCGGCUGCGCGCGCGUCACCGGCUGCAACAUCAACGGUCGCAGCAGCACGCUGAUCGCCUGCAACUACAACCCGCGUGGCAACAUUAACGGGAAGCGCCCCUACUAG